AUGUCGAACGUGUCCGUGCAGUUGACUGCCCCCAAUGGGCACAGCUACACCCAGCCCAUUGGUCUGUUCAUCAACAACGAAUUUGUGGCUGCCAAGUCUGGCGAGAAGUUCGCCACUGUGAACCCUUCCGAUGAGACUGAGAUUACGUCAGUGUAUGCCGCCGGCGAGGAGGACAUUGAUAUCGCUGUCAAGGCCGCCCGCAAGGCUCUCAAGGAUCCUUCCUGGAAGCUGCUGCCCGCCACUGACCGUGGUGCUUUGAUGAUCAAGCUCGCUGAUCUGAUUGAGCAGCACAAGGAGACUCUGGCUACCAUUGAGACCUGGGAUAACGGCAAGCCUUAUCAAGUCUCUCUGAAUGAUGAUCUCGGUGAGGUCACCAACACCCUCCGCUAUUAUGCUGGCUGGGCCGACAAGGUCUACGGCCAGACCAUUGGCACCACCCCUGCCAAGUUUGCAUACACCCUUCGCCAGCCCAUUGGUGUGGUUGGUCAGAUUAUUCCCUGGAACUUCCCUCUCGCUAUGGCGGCAUGGAAGCUUGGUCCUGCUCUUGCCUGCGGUAACACCAUUGUCUUGAAGCCCGCUGAGCAGACCCCGCUCAGCAUUUUGUACUUGGCCACUCUUAUCAAGGAGGCCGGCUUCCCUCCUGGUGUCAUUAACGUGGUCAACGGCCAUGGCCGUGUUGCUGGUGGUGCAUUGGUGAACCACCCCAAUGUUGACAAGGUCGCCUUUACUGGCUCCACCUUGACCGGCCGUGAGAUCAUGAAGAUGGCCGCCGGUACCCUCAAGAACGUGACUCUUGAGACCGGUGGCAAGUCCCCCUUGGUGGUGUUUGAGGAUGCCGACCUCGAACAGGCUGCCAAGUGGGCUCACAUUGGUAUCAUGUACAAUCAGGGUCAGGUUUGCACUGCCACUUCCCGUAUCCUUGUCCACGAGUCCGUGUACGACAAGUUCGUUUCCCUCUUCAAGGAGGUUGUCAAGACCACCAGCAAGGUCGGCGACCCCUUCUCCGACGACACCUUCCAAGGUCCUCAGGUCACCAAGGCCCAGUACGACCGUGUCCUUUCAUACAUCGAGGCCGGUAAGUCCGAGGGUGCCACUUUGGCUUCCGGUGGUGUCCCUUACAAGAACGUUGGUGAUGGCCGUGGCUUCUUCAUCGAGCCCACCAUCUUCACGAACGUCAAGGACAACAUGCGCAUCUACCGCGAAGAGGUCUUUGGUCCCUUCGUCGCCAUCGCCAGCUUCACCACCGAAGAGGAGGCCGUCACGCGUGCCAACGAUACCACCUACGGUCUCGGUGCUGCUCUCUUCACCCGCGACAUUGAACGCGCACACCGUGUCGCCUCUGACAUCGAGGCCGGUAUGGUCUGGAUCAACAGCAGCAACGACAGCGACUUCCGCGUGCCCUUUGGCGGUGUCAAGCAGAGUGGUAUCGGUCGCGAGCUCGGCGAGGCCGGCCUGGACGCGUACUCGCAAGUCAAGGCUGUCCACGUCAACAUGGGCACCAAGCUGUAA